AGGUUGCUCUGGACCAGGAGAAAGGAAUUGAGGAGAAUAAUGGAACAUUUGUUGAUCCUGGGAAGAUUGAUUGCAAGGUUGUUGGGUGACAAGUCCCCCUUCUCUUAGCAAAAUCUGCAAGGAGAUGGCGUAGACCAUGAUGAAGAGACUUCUCGCAUUCAAUGCUGCAAAUGCAUUAAUGGAAGAAAGACACUGGAUUCAGGCAAUCAUUCCAAAUGCUGCUUUGGACAAUGUAUUUGUCUACACGGGUUAUUCUUGCUGUGGGAAAAAAUGCAGUGUUCCAGAAGGAAGGCAGUUUACAUGCAUUGUGUGUGACAACAGAAAUUGUGUCUCAGCUUCAAGGGUUGCUUUCAAAUUUGAAGCAGUUGAUGUAACAGGUUCAAUAACAUUAACAUCAUUCAAUAAUGACAUAGAAAAAUUGUUUGGUAAAACCACAGCUGAAAUCAUAACAAUGAAAGAUCUUGAUGAUGUGGUUGCCUUUCAACCAAUUGAAGAAAAGCUCCGCAAAAAAAAUCACUUUCUUCAAGCUCGGUCCAUCUAAUUCCCUUGGUUCAAGUGGCGUAUUGGAAUGGUCACUCAAAACUAUUGAAACUGCUGAAGAUGUAUC